GUCAUGCUCCGCCAGGCCACUCGCUCCCUCGUCCCCGUCCUCCGCGCAAACGCACGCAGGGCGAUUCCGCGGAGACAUGCAGUAUGUCUCGCGAGGACACAUGCGACCAUCUCCACCUCGGAACAGGCCACCAAUGCCACAAACCGGGCCGAGGUCACUCUGAAGCGGUUCUGGAAGUCGGUCGGAAUUGACAAGCAGCAAGGGGGCUACGCCGUCACCCUUGACUCGCGGCCUCUCAAAACUCCGGGCGGAAACCCCAUGAUCAUCCCACCACAGAAGAGGCUCGUAGCUGCGCUGGUCGCGUCGGAAUGGGAGAACCAGGACACUGUGCUUAAGCCUCAUGCACUACCUAUGACGUCCAUAGUGUCAAGAGCUAUCGACGCCUUCCGCGAUGACGAAAACACGCGGAAUGAAGUACGCGCACAGUUGCUGAAGUACUUCGAGACGGAUACCAUCUUCUACCACGCGGACGAGCCAGCAGCUCUGGUAAAGCUCCAAGAGGAACACUGGAAUCCCAUCCUCGACUGGGCGAAAAAGACGUUCGGUGUUGACAUCGUAGUGUCAAACUCGCUCGUCGUUCCCUCUCAAUCUCCUGAAACCAUGAAGAAGUUUGAGGAUAUCCUCGCUCAGUUCUCCCCAUGGGAAAUGGCUGCCAUGGAACGUGCUACCUACAGCUCAAAAUCCUUCCUCAUCGGCCUGGCGCUUGUCAUGCGCCGGUUAGACGUCGACCAGGCAGCCCAGGCCGCACACGUCGAGGUGAACAGCCAAAUCGAGCUAUGGGGCGAGGUUGAAGACACCCACGAUGUAGACUAUCAUGAUAUGCGGCGUCAACUCGGUAGCGCAGCGUGUCUGCUUGCUGCAUACUGAGCAGCGCUCACUCCGCCAUCUACUAUACACUACAUCCUAAUCCACAGCCUUUCCGCUCUUCUCGGCCUAUCAGGGGUUCGUUCGCGCCCGCGAGACCGCCAUAUUCAUAUAUUGGGCGACUAUCAUGACACAACUAGUGCAACUACCAAGUUGCAUUCUAAUUGACAUCAGGUCGCAGUCCGUCCGACACCUUUUGAAAUAA